CCAGCGGGUGGCAAUGGCAUCCUCGUUGAUCUGCGCAUUGGAUUGCACGGUUACGGGUGGAGCACGCGGUGGUGCUCCAGCUCCGGUCGCCACGCGCCGCCGUGGCGGCCGUGUUCGACAGGCGCCACGGCGCCAGUGGAGGGCUCACGUUCCCCGCGCACAGGCGGCGGCAACGCAGCCGGAGCCGGAACGCGAGGCGCCGGUGAACGGGGGCCUGUCGGCGUGGCCCACGACCGCGCUGAAGGUGGGCGCCGGCGUGGCGCUGGCGCUGGCUCUAGGCGGCGCGUCGUGGAGGGCGCGCGGCGGGAGCGCCGGCCCGGUCCUCGUGCAGCCGGCCGCGGUGUGCUCCCUCAACGCCGUCGCCGACGGCGCGUCACGCGCCGCCACCGCCGAACGGAGCGCCGGCGCCGCCACCGCGGCCACCAUGAGGACGAGCGUGGACGCGCUCUCGGACUCGCUGUUCCGGCGCGACGACGCGCCCAGGGACCGCGCCACGCUGAUGGACCUCGUCUUUGAGCAAUUCACCAAGGAGCAUAUCGGCGACAGGGGAAAGCUGACGAGCCUGCUGCAGAAGGAGUGGUCGGCGUCGCGCGAUUCUGAGAGGAAGCUUGACCUGGGUUUGCUGCUCACUGACGUACUGAUCAACCAGAGAGAAUGGCAGAGGGCAAAAGAAGUUUGCCAGCAACUGACCGGACGCUACCAACGUGACUCGAGACCUUACCUGCACUUGGCUAUCAUCAACAUGAUGAUGGCUGUGGAGACCAUGCUUUCUCCGGAAACAGCCACUACUGAUGACAUCGAGAAGAUGUCCAAGAAUGCCAUCGACUCUUGGAAGGAAUUCAAGACCAAGUAUGAGCUUGCCAAGGGAUCAACUGAUUCCAGCACCUGAACUGAUUUAUCAUUUAUGUUUGCCUUCAGACAAAGUUUUCUUUUGAGCGCUAACAACUCUUAUGAUGGAUCUUUGAGUAUUGCACGCUUGGGCUGCCUGUGAAGUUUGUCCCAA